CUCCGCCGCGCUCCGUCCUGCCCGACCGCGGUGCCUGGCAACACAGCGAGACGUGAUGACGUCCACUCCAGAUUGCGUAUUAUGGGAUGUGCGGAUUUAAGCAAACCGAAGCCAGGACGAGAAGGUGGGAAGCCUCACUAAUAAUAAUAAAAGAGUGAGAAAUAAAGUCGGCGCAUGGUGAAGCAUGGAGCUGUCGGCUGUCGGUGAAAGCGUCUUCGCAGCCGAGUCCAUCAUUAAACGGAGGAUCCGACGGGGUCGCUGGGAAUAUCUCGUCAAAUGGAAGGGCUGGUCUCAGAAGUACAGCACGUGGGAGCCGGAGGAAAAUAUUCUGGAUGAACGACUCUUUGCUGCCUUUGAGGAAAGGGAGCGCGAACGGGAGCUGUUCGGGCCGAAGAAGCGGGGACCAAAAUCCGAAUCCUUUCUUCUGAAGGCCAAAGCAAAAGUCAAAGAAAAGACGUAUGAGUUCAGGAGAGAGACCCCCAGAAGCAUCCAGGUUUCCUAUCCUAUCCCGGAGCACGUUGUGACACCGAGGGCCCGGGAAGGUUUACGGGCCGUGGUUCCCACAAUCUUCCCACCGAGCGCAGUCAAUCGGGGUGAAAGUGUCCCCAUCCGAGCCCCGGAGCCAGAAAGAAGGCCUAGACCCCCUAUACCAGAGGCUCUAGACCCAGAGUCCAUGCGGUUACCCAAAAAGCGAGGGCGCAAACCGAAUCUCUACUAUGAUGAGCAGGACAGCUCACCAGAACCGUGCCCCAAACGGAGCAGGUUCCCGGAGGAGUCUAAAAUGUCCCGACGCAUGUCCCACCACGGAGAAACCUCAGAGCAGAGCCUCAUUCAGCUGACCAGAAGGUUUCAGGAGGAGACCACCAUCACACCCAAAUCCAGCAGCGAGAGGCGCGCGACAAGCGCAGGGCUGGCCUGCGCCAACGCAGGCGUGCGUAAAAGCGACCGGGAGAGGAUUUAUGAUCUGAGCAGGAUACGUUUCUCCCAGUGCGACAACCUGAAGCACGAGGAGCGGGGAGCGGAGCCCUCACCGUCAUCAGCUACCCCCUGGACUCCCUGUUUCUCCAGUUUGGACAGUGUGACGGUCACAGACGUCACCAUGAAUUUCCUGACGGUCACCAUCAGGGAGAGCAGCACGGAAAAAGGCUUCUUCAAGGAGAAAAGAUGAGUUCAGACCGAGAAACGUCAGAACUCGACUAACUAACAGGCCUACUGUAAAAAAAUCUAUUUUUUCUAAGUUUCUGAGUUAAACGUGUAAAUACGGAUAUUUAAUACUGGGAAAUAAAAAAAGCAACAGCCUGGCUCCUUUUUCUGGCGUUCGCCUUCAGAUGAGAAAAACAUCUGAUCUGGUUAAUUAUGGAGGUGAGAUUGAAAUAAUUAUUUUAUUAGUUUUUAGUGCAAUAAAACUUUUUAAUAAAAUGUUUUUAAUUGAAAGUAAAGUUUGAAUAAACAAAUAAACCUUUAAUAAAGAGUUCGUUUAAGAUUGAAACGUUUUACUUAACGGAUGGUGGGAGGCUUUAGGGUUGUAAAUGUGAAGUUGCUGAUGGUUCCUUAGAAGUUGUUUUUAUUAGUUCAAUAAUAUAUAUAUAUGAGGUCACGUGCCAUGUGUUGACUUCUUCUGCUCUGAAAGGCGUAAAGUUAAGUCACCCCACUGUUUAGUCCAAGAAAGGUCAAACGUUUAUUGAAAGUUUUCCUUUUGAGUUUAUUUUUUAUAGUUUUGCGCAAAUAUCCUAAAUACAGUUCUGAUGGUGAUUAUGAAACUCAUGCAUGCGCCCCGGACAGAGCCAAAGUUCGGGUUGCACUGACGAGUCUUUCCUUCAGGCUGUAUGACGACAUGAGUGCGGAUGAAAUUAUAUUUAGUAUUGUGAAGCGUUUAGGUGACACCUGAUCAGGACCUGGAGCCCGCAGCGGGGUUGGGACGUUUUCUGCAGAGUGGGGAUUUCCGUCGGUUCCACAAACGCAUCGCGUUGGUCCAUCGGGCCUACAGCGAGCAGAGGCCGCGGCUCGCAUCAUCUGACCUGUCUCUGUCUCUCUGGGACACAUGUCCCUCACCAUCCUGGAAAGUUCUUCUUUACGCGCUUUCACGCUUUGGUGACUCUUUAAAACACAAUCAUUUGGGGUUAAAUAUAACAUUGCAUUGCAAAUUUCUCAUUGGGUCAUUUAAAAAAUAUAAUCUGGAAAAUUGAGGAGAUACAUGUUCCAUAUUUUGAUCCGAUCAGUAAAUCGAGUUAGGAAGGGAAUUUAUCCAGCAACCUUAUCCGCCUCAGACUAUAGCCCAACUCAGUUCCACGGAAGUCACCUCUGUCCCACCAUCUUGACUUCCAGAUGAUCUCCAUCCUGCAGUUUGCACGGAAGCGGAACUGCUCCUGAGCGGAUUAAUCAUGACGAAAGCUGGUGAGUGUAGCGAGCACAGAAAAUGAGAUGUCGCCGAGUUACUGCCCCCUGUGAGGCCCGAGGAGGGGGAGGAGUGAGGGUUGGCCAUGGAGCCUUCCAGAGGUGUUGGUGAGGAAGGGGUGUGCUG